AUGAUCAUUUACUCAGUCUCACUCAUUGCCCCUUCUUUCACUCCUCGCUGGCAGAAUAUCUACUCCCAGCCUAAAAAGAAAUGCCGAUUCACCCUUCACGGCCUGUUAAGUUUUUCACUUUGUUCAAACAAGCAGGGCAACCCUACUGUCUCUCUCUCUCUCUAUCUCUCAAUCUCUCUCUCUCUAUCUCUCUUUCUUCGUCUCCCUCACUAUCUUUGUAUUAGUCACUUUCUUUUUCAUUUCUCUCUGAGACUUUUUCUGUCAGUUAUUUUCUUUGUUUCUCCUCGCUUCUUUAUACCAGUCUCUCUUUCUUUAUAUCAGUCUCUCUUUUCUCGUCUUUCUCACUAUUUUCUUUUAGUGACUUUCUCUCUCAGCCAGUCCUUCCCUUUCUUUCUUUCUUUCUUUCUUUCUUUCUUUCUUUCUUUCUUUCUUUCUGUCAUUCUUUUUCUUUCCCUUUCUCUUCAAUUCGUUAUACGAGCCUAUCUUUCUUUUCCUCGUCUCUCACUAUUUUUCUAUUAUUCGCUUUCUUUCACAUUUCCCUCUCUCUUUCUACCAAUCCUUUUCUUUCCUUUUCUCCCCGCUUCUUUAUACCAGUCUCUCUUUCUUCUGCCAGUCUCUCUCUCUCUUUCCUCGUCUCUCUUACUAUAUUUCUGUUAUUCACUUUCUUUCUCAUUUCUCGAUCUUUUUUUCUUUCUGCCAGUCUUUUACUUUUCCUAUCUUUCGGCUUCUUUAUACCACUCACUCAUUCUGUCAUCACUUUCUUUCACAUCUCUCUCUCUCUCUCUCAGUCUCUUUUACUCUUUUAUUUCUUUCUUCUCUUUCUUUUUUUAUUUCUGUCAGUCCCUCUUUUCUAUCCCAUUAGUCUCUCCUUUUUCUGCUUCCCAUUUUCUUUCAGUUCAUUAUUCAAUCUAUCUCCACAGUUUCUUUAUUUUCCUCUUCCCUUUUUCUUUAUUUCUAUCAAUCUCUUUCUUUCCUCGCUUCUUACUCACAUUCUUUCAGUUACUUUCUUUAUAUCUCCUCUCGCUCUUAAUUUCUGUUAGUCUGACUUUUUUCUUCUUCACUCUCUUUAUCUUUUUGUCAGUCUCUUUCUUAUUCUCUUCUCCCUCUUUCAAUCCAUCUGUCCCUUUCGCUCUUCACUCUCUCUUUCUGUCGAGAUAUCUUUCCCUAUUCUCACUUUCUUUCUCGAUCAGUGUCUUCCUUCUUACUGUCUUCUCUCUUUUUCUUAAUAUCUCUCUCGUCCUAUAUUCUUUCUUGUCCUAUUCUCUCACUUUUCAUAUUCUCACUCUUGUCCUAUUAUCUCUCUUGCCCUAUUCUCACUCUUGUCCUAUUCUCUCUCUUCCUCUGUAUUUGGUCCCCUCCCACGCUUUUACUUCUCUUCCAGCCUCUUCCUCACUUACCUUUCCGUCCACUCUCUUUUUCGAUUUUCCUCCCCACCCCGCACUUCCAUUGCAUUUUUAUUCAUUCAAGCUUGUAUCCAUCUCUUUCUCUCCUUUCCUCAAUCUAUCUCCCUCAUUAACUUACACUCUCUCUCUCUCUCUCUCUAUCUAUCUAUCUCUCUCCCUCUCCUUUUCUCUCUCUUCUUCAUUCUUAUUUACAUUGUUUCUCAUAUUUUCUUUCUUUCUCUUUUUCCUUCUUUUCUUUCUUUCUUUUUUUCAUUCUUUCUUUCACUACAUGUCUUUCCUUCAUAUUCUAUUUCUUUUUUCUUUCACUCAAUCUUUCUUUAUUCUUUCUUUCUUUCUUUCUUUUCCACAUGACGUUCCCUUAUGCCCUUACUUUCUUUAUUCUUUCCUUUUUUCAUUCUUUCUUUCUUACUUUCUUUCUUUAUCUCUCACUUUCUCUUUCAUUCCCCCUUCCCGCUUUCUUUCUGUCUCUCUCUCUCUUUUUCUUUCACUCCCUACCUCUCUGUUUUUCUUUCAUUUUUUUCUUCCACUUUUUUCUUCCACUAUAUGUCUUUCUUUCAUACCCUUUCUUCUUCUUUCACCCCAUCUUUAUUUUUCCUUUCUCUUUCUCUCUUUUUUCUUUCUUUCUUUUUUCUUUCUUUCUUUCUUUCUUUAUUUAUUCCUUUUUCACGUGACUUUCCUUCAUGGCCUGCCUUUCUUUCUUUCUUUCUUUUUUUCUAUUUUUCUUUCUUUCUUUCUUUUUUCUUUUUGCUUUCUUCUUUUCUUUCUACCACUCUCUUUCUCGCACUCUCUCUCUCUCCUUAUACUUUCUUUCUCUUCCUCGCUUUCUCUCAUUCUUUCGUCCUUUCUUUCUUUGUCUUUUCUUCUCGCAUUUAUUUUUCCGGAUUGA